AUGUCUGCGAAUCCAAAUGGUACUCGCAUCGCUCCGGAUGGCGCCACCUCGCCAAAUUAUACUCCUUCGAGACUAAACGUACCUGUGGGUCCAAGCAAAAUACAAGGUCGUCCAUCGUCUCAGUUUCUCCUCCCUCCCUCCAUUGCUCCCACACCUGCACGUACUUCCCGCACAAUCACCAUGGAUCCAAGUACCCCUACUCCUACCUCCCGUAACCAUAGUGAUAAGAUCAAAGGCAAACGCAAAGCCGAAGACAUAGACACCACACCGCCUGAGCAGAAAAAGGACGUGCAGCGCGCAACUUUCGCCGUCCCAGAGAGCCACCGAAGUCAAAAGCUCUCUGCUUCAUCUUACGCGCCAUCAUCGUACCACCGCAAGCGCGCCCGUAUAUCGUCCUCUCCUUUUGGCACCCCCAUCCAUUCGCGGCCUGUAUCCACUCAGAGCCAGAGUAUGAAUUUAGAGCCAACGCCCGAAGUGGGCAAGUUCGGUUCCUGGUCGAGCCGAACGAGCGCUCGUAUCCUCUCUAGUCCUAGCGUACCAUCUCGUGCCGCGUCGUCCACUCAUUCGACCCGCCCCCAACAAACCCCAAACAAGAACUCCCUCACCAACUCAAUCACCCAGAAUCCGAAUCACGCGAGACGCCAAAGCAUGUCUCAGGCGUCUAUCCCUAUCAGUGCGCUCGUGUCCCCGCAUGCACCUUCAAUCGUGCCUUCUGGGAAAUUCCACAUGCGAGAUCCUAGACGCCCUCCGAAGAAACUUGCAGAGACGCCUUGGACGCUGCAUUUUCGUGGGGAGGAUGAGCCUGGGUCGCCUGUGCAUGCGUGGUGCUUCUUUGUGGGAUUCAUUUUGUUCCCUGUCUGGUGGAUCGCUGCGCUCUUUCUCCGCACACCGCGCACGCGUGUUGUUGGUGAUGAGAAGGGAGUUUCACUGGAUGAUCCGCAGAUCGAGCAUGACGCAAAAGCAUGGCGGUUCCGGUGCCGUGUCAUGUCUGUAGUGUCGCUGUUUACAUACACCCCUUUCAUCAUUCUGGUGGUAUUCUUUGUCCGACGAUAG